GCCCUCGAAAUCUCGCCCAAAACAACGCUUAAAACCACUCCACUCUUCCACUCACUCUCUCUCUCUCUCUUCCGGCCAGUCGUAACGGUCAUCUCCGAUCGCGCUCUCCCUCGAUUCUCGCGACGACAUCCUCUCUUCCACACCGACGUUCCCGUCGGAUUCUGCUGCUCCGGAGUCGGCUCAGCUCCCUCUUGAUGGUGGCUUGAUUUGCAGGGAGCCGCGGUUCCUCUCCCCGUCGCAUGUGAUUCCGGGGGCCGGCUUCCACCGCGCGCGAUGGUGGCUGCAGUUUCGACGCCGGUGAACCCUAAUAAGGCGGCUGCGGCGGCGGCGGCGGCGGCGGCGGCGGCGAGGGCGGCGGGUCGAGGAGGAGCAGGAGGAGGAGGCGGUGCGGGUCGCGCGAGGCCUUCGAGGCCGCCGCUGCUGCCUUCCGAGCCGGACAAUGCGCUCGCCCCGCGCCGGCCUAAGGGCCGAGAGGUCACUUCUCGCUACCUGUCCUCCUCCGCUUCUUCUACCACGACGAAUACUACUACUACGACUACCACCACGUCUUCUUCCGUUUCGUCCACGUCCUCUUCCGCGUCGUCUUGCUCCUCCUCCAGGAGGUGCGCGUCGCCUCUGGUUUCGAGGACGGCGGGGGCGGCGACGCCGAGCUCCGCGGCGGCUAGGCGGUCCCAGUCGGCGGAGAGGCGACCGGCGACGCCCCGGCCUAACACGGCUGAUUCGAGGGGCCGCGGCGGCGGGAAGGGCGGUGAGAUGACCGCGGCGCAGAAGUUGCUGUUCACUUCCGCUCGGAGCUUGUCCGUGUCGUUCCAGGGAGAGUCGUACUCGCUUCCGGUCAGCAAAGCGAAGUCUGCGCCGGCUCCGAGCAGCACGAGGAAAGGGACGCCGGAGAGGCGGAAACCUGUGAGCGCAGCGACUCCGCGGAGGGAUCAUUUCGAGAAUUCUAAGCCGGCGGAGAAGCAGAGGUGGCCGGGAAGGUCGAGACAGGAGAAUUUCCUGAGCAGGAGUGUGGAUUUCGGUGACGAUAGAAGGAGGACGGGUGGAUCUAGGGGGAAUGUAGUGAGGGCAUUGCAGACAUCAAUGAUGAUCGACGUUAGGGCUUCACUGGAUGGACGAUUGCGUGACUCUGAUUCAAGUGAUCAUGUGCUGGGAAAAGCUAACGAGGUGAACGGUCAAAGAGAUUCAGGUUUGGAAGUAUCCAACGGACGCACCGACUGUAGUUCUUCUGAUAAUGAGAGUGUGUCUUCUGGUAGCACUAAAGGAGGAGUUCAGGAAUGUGAUGGUGGACAAGAACAGAAUGGGCCUAGAGGAGUUGUGGUGCCGGCAAGGUUUUGGCAAGAGACAAUUAACAGGGUGCGACGUCAACCGGAGGUCGGCACCCCGUUGUUGACUAGCCCCGUGCUAAAAAUGGGCUCCACACCAAAACUUGUCGUGCCUAAGAAGCCUGGUUUCGAUAGCCCAGUCUCUUCUCCGAAAGGGCUUAUGAGUUGCCGGGGACAGGCAUCUCCCAUCCGUGGGGCAGUUCGACCAGCAUCGCCUAGUAAACUUACUCAUUUGGCGGUAUCAUCCCCUAGAGGACUAAGCCCCUCUUGGGCGAGGAAUGCUUUGGCAGGAACUCCUCAUGAUAUUAGUGCGAAUAAUAUACCUUCCAUCUUGAGUUUUGCUGCUGAGGCUAGGAGAGGGAAGAUUGGGGAGAACCGUAUAGUUGAAGCGCACGUUUUGAGAUUGCUGCAUAACCGUCUUUUGCAAUGGCGUUUUGUGAAUGCCAGAGCAGAUGAAGCACUGACUGUCCAGACAUUGGAUGCAGAGAGAAGCAUGUACAGUGCCUGGAUGAGCAUCUUCAAGCUUCGAGAAUCUGUUAAAGCCAAAAGAAUCGAGUUACAGUUGCAGAGGCAAAUUCUGAAGUUAACCUCUGUUGUCCAUGGACAAAUUAGAUAUUUGGAAGAAUGGGCUUCAAUGGAUCAGGACUACUCAAAUUCUUUGUCAGGAGCCAAUGAAGCCUUGCGGGCUAGCACUCUUCGCCUUCCUGUCAUUGGAGGGGCAAGGGUUGACCUACAGAAAAUGAAGAAUGCUAUUUCUUCGGCAGUUGAGGUAAUGCAGACCAUGGCGUCCUCCAUCUGCUUAUUUUCUUCAGAGGUUGGGAAUGUUAACGAUCUCAUAGCUGAACUCGCGAGGGUAACAUCACAAGAGCGUGGCAUGUUGGAUCAAUGCAGAGAUUUCUUGUCAACGAUUGCUGCCAUGCAGGUAAAUGAAAGUAGCCUGAGAACCCACCUUUUACAAGUACAGUUUGCACCCUCAACCUCAAGCUUUUCAGCGGAAACAUGAUACUGAUACUGUUUGAAGCUAACAUCUCACAACAGUACUACGAUUUGGCAAUUCGGGGGUAAAAAACAGCAUGGAACAUUCCGUUUUGGCUACUGGAACCAAAGAGCUUAACUUUCGUCUUUUCUUUGGGAUGAUGAUCCAUGGGAAGAAGAAGGCAUGUGGCGACGGGCAUUACGAGUGUGCCAGAGCAAGGGCCGUGGUUUCAACAUCUAGUCUAGGUUCUAGGUUCUACACGGAUUGUCUAUAGGUUACAAGGAAGUGUAUAUAAGUGAUGUUUCCUUUCGUUUUCUAGAGCUGGCCUGGGAACAGAAAAAGAAUGGAGAGGAAAUACAGACGUGUAGUCGGUUGCUUCUUUUUCUGCUCUCUAGGGUACUUGCCGCAUAGAUCUUCGGCAUGUUUUGUAAAAAGCAUAUACAGUAGUUCAUUGUGAAGUUGCAGUCCUCAGAGAUUUUGUGCCUAUAGUCUUUGGAGGCAAUCUCCAUGUGUAUUAGCGGCUCUAAUCACUUCAUAGUUUCGCCUUGACCAAGGCCAUAGAAUUUCAUUUACCUUAAUCUUUCUCAUUGCCUUUUGAAUGUUAUAGAAUCAUCGACAUGAAUAAGAUCUUACAUACCACA